CUAAUUUCGUAUUCGAGCGUGCGAAACCCCUUUGCGUUUGAUUCGAUUCUCCUAAUGGUGGUGGAGGAGCAAUUAAGAGUUCUCUCUCCCUCUUCGCACGAGAUCGAAUCCCAUCUCAUUAAUCGCCAUCUCUAGUUCGUACUUUUCUCGGGGGUCCUUGAUAGGCUUAGGAAUUGGAUGUUACCAUCUUCUGACAUCUCGAUUCAUGGACGGAGCUCUAAGCGAAGACGGCGGGCUAAUAAGAGACAUCAACCACAUGGACCUCAAUGACAACUCAACGGACCCAAGUCACAUGGCCCUUGCCCUCGGCGCCUUUGGAAUCGAGCUCAACAAUGCCUCCAUCCCAUCCGACUUCCUCCAAUUGGAUAGUAGCACCGACAUCGGCGAGCCCUCGGUCGGAAUGGAGUUUGACUCCGACGAGGCUGCAAAAGAGUACUACAUAGCCUAUGCCAAUCACGUCGGGUUUGGUGUUCGGAUGAACAAAUCGCGCCGGUCUAGGAAGGAUGAUUCUGUCAUUAUGCGGAGAUUCGUGUGCACGAGAGAGGGAUUCCACUCAAAGAGGGUGAUUUAUGAUGAUGGUAAGAAGAAGAGGAAGAGAGGGACAUCGAGAGAGGGGUGUAUGGCCAUGAUAGAGGUGAUUCGUAAGGACCACGGUAAAUGGAUUGUUACAAAACUCGUGACAGAGCACACCCACAUGGUCACCUUGCCUGGCAAAGUCCGGCCCCGUGAUGACAAGAUUGGGGCCGCACCGAGUAGCUCGGGCUUACUUCUUGGAGAGUCGAGCGGCAGUGGUUUUAAUAAUUUGAAGAACUUUAAUAGAGGUAUUAGGGUUAAUCCUUUUGGGGAAGGGGGUGAAGCGCAAGGCCUACUAGAAUACCUAAAGAGAAAGCAGGCGGAGAACCCUGCAUUUUUCUACGCGAUUCAAGUAGAUAAUAAUAAUUGUAUGACUAAUGUAUUUUGGGCUGAUGCUAAGGCUAGGAUGGCGUACCGGCACUUUAGUGAUGCAGUUACGUUCGAUACGAGUUAUAAGAAGACAAAGUACAUGAUGCCGUUCGCAACAUUUAGAGGUGUGAACCAUCAUCUUCAAAGUGUUACUUUUGGGUGCGCCUUGCUUAUGGAUGAGACUAAGGGAUCAUAUGUAUGGCUUUUUGAGACAUGGCUCGCGGCCAUGGGCAGCCACCCACCUGCUUUGUUAAUUGCCGAUCGAGAUAAGGCUAUGGAAGGAGCUAUUGCAAGAGUAUUCCCUAACACUCGUCACCGCUUUUGUAAGUGGCACAUAUUAAGUCGGUGCAAACAAAAACUAUCAGAUAUUUAUCUGAAACAUACUACGUUGAAAAGUGAUUUGAAAGAGUGUAUUAAUAAUUCUCAAACGAUCGAAGAGUUUGAGACUCGUUGGGAGUGCAUCCUUGAUCGGUAUAACCUGUGGGACAAUGCAUGGCUACAGUUGCUCUACAACGUUCGCCAACAGUGGGUCUCAGUUUAUCAGAAAGAUGCCUUCUUUCCUGAAUUAUACGUAUCUCAACAAUCAGAAAGCUUGAACAAGUUUUUCAAGAGCAAUUUCAACAGGAAGACGUCGUUACUCACCUUCAUCACCUCGUUCGACCAAGCCAUGGCUGCUCAGCAUGAGAAGGAAGCCCAAGCGGAUUUUACUACUUUAUUUUCCAAGCCUCUUCUUAGAACCCCAUCACCCAUCGAAAAACAAGCUGCUGGAAUAUACACAAGGGCAGUGUUCGAUAGGUUUCAGGAGGAAUUUGUCGAAUCUCUUGGCUUUUAUGCUGAUAAAAUUGAGGAUGGUCCCAUCAGCAGGUAUAGUGUCACCAAAGAGGAGGACGGCAGCCGGAGCUAUAUCGUUAGAUUCUCAGAAUCAGAUAAGAAAGCAAGAUGUACCUGUUGCAUGUUUGAGUACUCUGGUAUUCUUUGUCGGCAUAUUUUGAGGGUCUUUCUGAUUGUCGGGGUCCGCACUCUCUCAGAGGAGUACGUAAUGAAGCGAUGGACUAGGGAUGCCAUGACUAGUAUUGUUCUAGAAGAGCGGGUGGUCGAGCCGGGACUUAGUUUCCCAGAGUGUAUGGUUUCUUGGUACAAUGAUCUCUGCAAUGAUGUCGUCAGAUUCGGAAUGGAGGGUGCAAUAUCAUCAGACUUAUACAAGGUUGCAAAGGCAGCACUUCAGAAGGCUAUUGCAGAAGUUGUUGCUGCUAAAAACAUGCAAAGAAAGGGGCAGCAGAAUAUGCAGCGCUUUGUCAGGCUGCAGAAGAUGCAAUACAAGAUGCCAUUACCGAAAUUGCAACCGAAGAAGACUCCUGCGAGGACUGUUCAGCAGGAUGAAGUUGGUAGAAAUAAAACAGGCAUCAAAGAUAAUUCAUUAAGUUUAACUGAUUCUGCUCUCAGUGGUGGCACCCAUUGAUGAAUAGAUCUCAUCUGUUGGGUGAGAACAUCAUGUACAACGUUAUUUUCGACUUUUGUACAUUUUCGUGCGAGUUACUUACUUAAGGUGUGGAAGUGACAUUUAUACUGAUAUCCUGACCUUGGUAAUCUUAUACUGAGGGCACAGUUUAGCGAUCUGUGCGUGCUUUUGCAAUUAUUAGUCGGCAAACCUUUUUAGAGAUGCUAAUCCCCUCAAGUAUGGUUUGGAUUUUGGAAUAUCCUAGAAGGAAAACUAAUGCGUGCUAUGAAUAUAUACUAGUUUGCUCCCGAAGUGCAAUGAGAUGGUUAUCCAGGCAAGUCUGUUGACUUCCACUAGCAAUUUGGCCUGUCCUUGAAAAAAAAAAAAAAUGCACAGCAUUGUCCGCACCCGGGAAAACAUAAAAUAAGUGGAUCAUUUAUGCGAAAGGGCCUAUCCUACUUUCUUGGUCAAUAAUUGUCCUGUUAUUGUGGUCUUUUGUAUCGAUCAGUGAUGGCAUCAGAAAGAUCCACGUAUGCUGAUACAUAAUCUGUUAUACAUUGACAAGCCAGAGUUUGUUGCCUAUUAUCACUUGGUCUGAUGCAUGUUUAAGCCGGCGAGGGAUUUGUCGGACAUCAUUCCAGAGAUUUUCGGAGCAUGAAGCCAAAAUAAACUUCUGGGUCCAAAAGCAGAAGUUCCAUUGUAAAGCUUCUGCUUUUAGCUGCAGAGGGUUGUUGUCGGAUGGUAACUUUUUCGGACAGCUCUUGAUAAUUCGCAGAUCUGGCUGGGGCCAAAUAGGCAUAGAAAAUUUGCAGAGUGGAGGAGAUUCAGCUUGUAAAGGAAAACGAAUUUUAUACUUAAAUUCAAAAAAAGAAGAAGAUGCAAGGAGCAAUUUGUUCACUA